AUGUUUUUUACAGAAAUAAAGCGCGAGUUCGAUGAGAAAAGUAAUGAACCAUGGACUAGUGCUGCUGAAACUGUUUCCAAAGAAGAAAAAGAAAAACCCAAUUUCGAACCUAGUGGAAAAUUGGCUGAAGAUACUAAUACAUAUCGAGGGGUAGUUAUUAAGUAUAAUGAGCCAUCGGAUUCGCAUUUACCAAAACUGCGUUGGCGUCUGUAUCCCUUCAAAGGUGAUGAACCUUUACCGGUACUUUAUAUCCAUCGUCAAUCGGCAUAUCUUAUUGGUCGUGACCGCAGAAUCGCUGAUCUUCCUGUUGAUCAUCCUAGUUGUUCUAAACAGCAUGCUGUUUUUCAGUAUCGUCUCGUAUCAAUAGAUUUACCAGGUGGAGCUGCAGUGAAACGUGUGCGCCCUUAUAUAAUAGAUCUUGGUUCUGCUAAUGGUACAUACUUGAAUAAUGAGCGCAUUGAGCCACAAAGAUUCGUGGAGCUGCGCGAGAAAGAUGUAUUGAAAUUCGGUUUCAGCACUCGAGAAUUUGUAUUACUGAAUGAAAAAUCACAUGAAGUAGAAGAAGCAGAAAGCAUUGAAAAACAAGACCUACCUAAUACUUAG